UUCACACGAUCACCAAGAAGCCUAUGUCUUGGCAUGAUAAUAUUGAAGAGUCAGCAGAUGACAAGUUCCUGAAUCUUAUUCACCAAGCAGCACUGGAGCCAACAAAGAAAUAUGCAGAGCCACAAACUGAAAGCCAAGAAAUUGGCUGGAACACAACACCUUUGAUUCACAUGGACCGUACUGAUUGCAGGCUCUACUUCCCACGCCGGAAAACCGAGAUCACUAGAUAA